GCGCCAGUCAUGGAGGCGCGAGGCGUGUGGUCGGCCGCAGCCUGCCGCUGGCAGCUGCUGCUCCUGGCUGGUGCCGCAGCCUUCAAUCUAGAAACGCACCCCGAGCUGGCCAGGAUCAUUGCCGACCCCAACGCGCAGCGUGGCAGCUAUUUCGGCUUCACCGUCGGCCUGCGCAGGGACCAACUCGGCACGUGGGUAGUAGUUGGUGCACCCAGAGCCAAUUCAACGUAUCCAGCUCAUGCAAGCAUCCACCAGCCAGGUGUAGUCUAUCAAUGUGCAGUCCUAGGCAGCAAGGAUUGCAUACGCCUCUCACUUGAUCCUACAGGAAAUGUGGAGCAGAGAUUGGGUGAUGGAUUUGAUGUCAAGCAUCACAAAGACGAUAUGUGGCUUGGUGGUUCCCUUGAUGUCCAACAGAAUGGACCAGGCAUUGUGGCUUGUGGAAGCCGAUGGAUAAAUCAGUUCUAUACAGGUUACUACCUCAUCAAUGGAAUUUGUUAUUUUCUAAAAGACACACAGCAAGCAGAUUCAAAAGUCCAGAAAAUAAUGCCACUUAUUCAGAGAAGGGAUCAAGGUUAUGAAGAAAUAGAAAAUGGUGAGAAGGCUAUAAAAUACUAUUACAGUUAUGGACAAGCUGGACUGGCAGUUCAGUUUGCAAAAAAUGAUACUGAAAUUAUAAUUGGUGCACCUGGUAUAUAUGUCUGGAAAGGAUCUGCUAUCAUAUUCAGAACAGAGGAAAGUGACAAAUCUAAAUACACCAAAGUGGCAGUUCCAAAUCCACGGCAUACUCCAUUACUAAAAGAAGAUUCGUAUUUUGGUUAUUCACUGGGGACAGGAAAAUUCUAUGCUGAUACAAAUGAAGUAUUUUACGUAAGUGGAGUUCCACGUGGUGCAGAUUGCAAGGGGAAGAUUCAAAUAUUUUCAGUUAAAAUAGACCAGGAGAGGCAAAAAUCAGAACUUUUUAUAAUCAAUGAAUAUGAAGGAAAAGUAAUGGGAGAAUACUUUGGGGCUGCCAUUAGCAUUGUCGAUCUCAAUUCAGAUGGUCUUGAUGACAUUCUGGUUGGUGCACCAUUGCAUCCUCCACUGGAUUCUGGAAGAGUAUAUGUUUACAUCAAUAGCUUACAGGGACGAUUUAAAGAAAUUGGUGAAAGUCACAAAAUAGUUGGUUCAGGUAGUCCUUGGUCCCGAUUUGGUUCCGCAAUAUCAAACCUAGGUGACAUAAACAUGGAUGGAUUUCCAGACAUUGCUGUUGGAGCACCAUAUGAAGAUGAAGGUUGCGGUGCUGUCUAUGUGUAUAUGGGUAGUGGUACAAGCAAGACAGGACUGAGAAUGCCUUAUUCACAGCGCAUAGCUGCCUCUGAACUCAGUCCUUUGUUGAUGGGUUUUGGGAUUAGCAUCUCUAGGGGUUUUGAUGUCGAUAACAACCACUACAAUGAUGUGGCCAUAGGUGCUUAUGGAUCUGGGCAUACUAUUGUUCUACGGUCAUACCCAGUAAUAACAUUGCUGCCACAAAUACUUGCACCCAAAGUUAUCUCUAUCAAUGAUACAAGCUUCAAUAUAUCAGCCUGUAUAGGCUACCGUGCACAGUAUCCACCACCGAUGGCUCGAGUGCGAGUGAAGCUCCAUGUCACCUCCAGUGAAGGAAGAGCAAAGUUUCUAACAGAUGAGUCUGGCAUGGACACUAGCGUGACAUUCUCAGCUGAAGUCUAUCCAGACAAAGCAACAUGCAAGCCUUUCACCAUUUCAGUAACGACUCAUGUUGAUGAAUUCUACAAACCAAUUGACAUAACAAUGGAGUUUGAUCUGGACAAAGAAAGGAAACGAAGGGCCGUACUGGAUUACAAUGACUCUUUCUGCAAGACAUGUCCUACUAUUGAUCCAGAUGCUCCACGGAAGUUACUCACAACUGUGCACACUGCAAAUGGCUGUAAAAAUGUUGAGAAGUGCAUCACUGAUCUUCAUUUGACUGCAUUUCUUCAUAAUAUUACAGGUCCAAUUACCUUGGGAACAGCUGCUGCUUAUAAUGUGUCAGUUGACAUUUCUGUAACCAAUACAAUGGAACCUGCUUUUGUGACAAAUGUCUAUGUUUCACUACCACCAGAAGUGUCAUUGGUACGUCUCCCUCAUAAAUGCCAAGAAGAUGGGACAUCACCUGUACUACUGACAUGUAGUAUUGGAAACCUCAUUACAGGAGAAAUGGAACAUCUUUCGUUGUAUCUUCAGAUUGGAGAUGAAGCCAUUGGAUUAGAGUCUAUAGCUGUCAAUGUGACUGCAAGCAGUGCUGGCACAGAGAGUACUCCUGAAGAUAAUAUUGUAGUUCUUCAAAUUCCAGUGGUAACUGCAGCAGAUGUAGAAGUGAUAGGGAAAAGCAGUCAUGAGCAGCUUCUUCUUACUACCAACAGCAGCGCAGUUGAAUCAGAUGAAGCUCUAGGAAAGAAGCGAGUUUUCAGGCAUUUGUUUCAGGUUGUUAAUUAUGGACCAAGUCCAGUGCAGGAUGUUGGCCUUGAAUUCCAUAUUCCUGCCCAGGUCAAGAUGAAGAACUCUAUCAUAACCCUCCUUGAAAUUUAUAAACCAAAGGCAUAUCUUGAUGACGAACCACUAAACUGUCAUCACGUAGGUCCACUGGACUUUACUUCAAUGGAAACUUGGGAUUCUGGUGAAACUGAGGGCGACUUUCUUGGGAGUGGUAUUAACGUCAUACAACAACGACGCCGAAAACGGCAAGUGACACAAAAAGAGGUUGAAGAUUUAUCUACCAGUGUACAAUCAUUCAAUUGUUCCCAUCGAGAUGUGGUCUGCCUUCAGGUGUACUGCACUGUUGACCUAUUAGCACCUCUUACUUCAAGAGUUCUUGUUACUUUUACUGCAAAACUCACUCCUAUUACCUCAUGGGGACCAGUACUACAGGAAGGAGGAAGCCUUAGCAUCACCAGUUCUGCAAGAAUCAAAAUACCAACUUACGUGCUGUCAUCAGGAAACAGAACUGAUGAAGCAGUGGCAACAAUACUUCUGCUAGCCAGUAGACCAUUACGAAAGGUUGAUACAUGGAUUAUUAUUAUAUCAGCCAUAAGUGGUGUCCUUGUUCUGUUGCUCAUUAUCCUUGGUCUCAUCAAGGCUGGAUUUUUCAAACGAACCAAGAAAGAGGAACUGGACAAACUGAAAGAACAGUCACUGAUCAGUUCAGAUCAAAUGAGUGAAAGCUGACAGAAAGUGGAAACGUGAUGACAAAUGUGAUAUGCAGACAUCUGCAAUCCUGUGUGAUAUACCAAAGACUGUAUGAUAACUUUAUGGAGGCAACUAGCUGUAGCCAACAUUAAUGUGAUCUCACUUUUUACUGUUAGAAUUAUAUAAUAUUUUUAUGGGUCAUUACAAAUGCCACUAAAAGUGUAACAGUGCUAUAGAUAAUGAUCCUAUUUCAUUGUCUUUCCAUACAAGUGAUCAUGAGCAGCAAACUCAAAAGUAUGCAGCAUUCUCAUUUCCAUGUUUCAAUUUUCAUAUACAGCAACCUUUCAUCAGUCACAAACUGUAAAUUCAUUUCAGUAUUCUCAUUUUUAGGAAACACUAGGCAUGUUACUUUUAUACUGGUCCAUCAUAUGUCACAUGAUAUACUACUUAAGUCAUGCAUUGUAUUCUGCAUCAGUCUAUAAUUAUCUGAGAGGAAUCUGUUUGUUGAUCCACACUUAGGAAACAUCAUCCU